CACGUUUUUCUGCACUUCCGCUGCACGGGUUUUACAGUCAGUGCUUCAGACCAGACUAAGAAGGUUACUGCUGCAGACUGCCGCCUUAUUCCCUUUUCGGUGGUUUGCUUCACCAUUAAUCCGUCUCCUAUCCGCCCAUCUCAUCCAGCCCUCUCCAUGGCGGCGUUCAUGGACGCGGAUGAAACGAUGUCGUCGUCGUCGUCGUCAUCGCCGUCAUCAUCAUCGCAGUGACAGCAGAGCGUGACACAGGACCUGAUCAUGGGAGACAGAAGGGGGUCACCAUGUACCGAAAUCUGUCCAAAUGUGCCCUCAUCUUCCUCUUCCUAGCGCUGUCUGGCCUCAUCUUCCUGCUGCGAAACAUCCACACUGUAGAGAACUGGAACUGCCACACGAUUUCAGCCCUGUACCAGCUGCAGAACCGGAUCCACUCAUCCUUCCUCGUAGAGAACCUCCCCACAUUUUAUCACAACCACACCUUCUGUGCCCAUCUGGGCCAGGAACCCUCCCCCGAAGAUGUACUGGAAGAGCGCUACCUGUUGGACUCCAUCGCCUGGCCUUUGCCCCCGCCUCACUCCGCGCCCACCGCCCUCCGUCACACUAGCGACCCCGUGCACAGCCUCUUCGCCAUCCUCCCCACCAAUGGAGUUAGCGAGUGGCACGUCGGGGACCAGCUGGAGGCCCUCGUCCAAAUGCACGACUUCCACGGGCGCCCCAAGCGUUACGGCGGGGACUUCAUCCUGGCCCGGCUGCACUCUCCGGAGCUCGGAGCGGGCGUAGCGGGCAAGGUGGUGGACCACAGGAAUGGGUUUUACUCCGCUCUGUUUCCCCUCCUCUGGGUGGGCUCGGCUCAGGUUGAGAUAACACUGGUGCACUCGAGCGAGGCCGUCGCCGUGCUGAGGCGGCUGAGGGAGGAACGGCCCGACCGGGUGUACUUCAAGAGCCUGUUCCGCUUGGGCUUCUUGUCCGAAACUACAGUGUGCAACAUGUGCUUGCCUCCUGACCAGCAGCCCCUGUGCAACUACACUGACCUUCACACCGGCGAACCCUGGUACUGCUACAAGCCGAAGAUGCUGAGCUGCGACACCAGAAUCAACCACGCCAAAGGAGGCUACCUGAAACACCUCAUCACCAACAAGGAAGCACUGCUCUUUCAGAGUGGUGUAAACAUCAAAGUUCACAUACGCGCAUCAGGACCUGACAAAAUCAAUGUGCUGCCACAGAAAGAAAUAGUGGAAGAAAGCAGCACCAUGAAACCAGAACCGAACAACAUGGUGCCACCAUCUGGAUACUACUACGGAGACUCGUGGAGGCCGUUGACGGGCGUUACGAUGCGUCAGUUUAAUCGGUCGUCUUCUGUCUCUCAGUGUUUGAAGAACAAAGUGAUCCACAUGUACGGAGACUCCACCGUCCGCCAGUGGUUUGAGUACCUCAUUGCUUCUGUACCAGAACUAAAGGAGUUCAACUUGCACAGUCCUAAAAACGUCGGGCCAUUCAUGGCGGUGGACAUCACCCAUAAUAUUCUCCUGAAGUACCGCUGCCACGGCCCUCCCAUUCGCUUCUCCACCGUCAUGUCCAGCGAGUUGCGGUACAUUUCCAACGAGCUGGACGGCCUCUCCGGGGGCCCCAACACCGUGGUGGUCCUCAGCAUCUGGGCCCAUUUCAGCACCUUCCCCGUGGAGGUGUACAUACGGCGGCUUCGCCACAUUCGACGGGCGCUGGUGAGGCUCACGGACCGAGCGCCCGGGACCCUCAUAGUGAUCCGGUCGGCCAAUCUCCAAGCCCUGGACCAGGAGGUGAGUCUCUACAACAGUGACUGGUACUCCCUACAGCUCGACAAGGUUCUCAAAGCCAUGUUCAAGGGACUCAACGUCCUGGUGGUGGACGCCUGGCAAAUGAGCUUGGCACACCACCUCCCGCAUGCCCUGCAUCCUCCUCCGGUCAUUGUCAAGAACAUGAUAGACAUUCUUUUGUCUUACAUUUGCCCAGAGAACAAGACCAGCCAAAAGUAAAAAAAAAAAUAAAAAUGUAGAGAUGGUAGUAGGUUUGUUGUUGAAGGAAGUGAAAGACUGUGAAUCAGUUGGUUCUACGGCGCCAAACACCACGUCUUUGUUGUUUCAUAACCGUUAAAUACUGGCCCCCUGGGUUCAGGUCAAAGAUUUCUCUCAGGCUGUUCUGCGUUGAAAUACAAAGUCACUGUUUGUUGCUUUACUUUAGUUCUCAGUUCAUGUGAAACAGCACUUUAAGUACAACUUUUUUAAGUCCUGCGCCUUUAAUAGAAGCUGGACGUAUUUUUUAUUUUUCUGCUUGUACACUUGUAUACAUUUACUUUUAAUGUAAUGUAAACAGACCAAAUCCCGGUAGCAAAGUGUGAUCUCUCCAGCCUUGACUUUUAUUUACUUUUACACACAACAGAACUUUUUUUAUGGUAAAUUUGAAUCCCGCGUGUUUUAUAGAGUCAUUAAGGCCGUAGGUUUUCACAUACUCUUCACAAAGACUUGAGAGUCGGGAGGGUUCAUGUCUGUAUGACGCAAAGAGAACAAAUGUGCCUAUUUGGUAUUAAAUCUGUUUGUCCCUGUGGACGACCAGAGGCUGCACUAUCACUCACUACAUCAACACGAGGCAAGUCACUGUCAUGUUUGCCAGCAUGCCUGCUUUUCUACCCGUUUACAGGAGCGAUGGAAGCCAUUGUUAUUUGCAUACAAACUGUGCACAACACAUUUGCUUAACUUUUAUAUUGGGUGAUUGUCUAGGAAUUUAGGUAUCAUACGCUGACGAUACACUUGUGGUGUGAUGUCUUUUCCUUUUCUGAGCCUGUGUUCAAUAAACUUAAAUGUUACGAUGGUA